GGGAAGUGUCGUAAAGCAGAAAGGAAGGCGGGAGUGCGGAUGGGAAACAUCAGGGAAACCUGAGCAGCGGCGGCCGCUAUGGCGAGUGGCUCGUGGGCCGAGGUCCGGGAGAAGUUCCAGGCCGCGCUGGCUCUGUCGCGGGUGGAAGUGCACAAGAACCCCGAGAAGGAGCCGUACAAGUCCAAGUACGGCGCCCGAGUGCUGCUGGAGGAGGUCCGAGCGCUGCUGGGCCCCGCGCCCGAGGACCAGGAGGAGCGGCCUCCGGCCGAGGACGACGUGGGCGCGGGGGACUCCGCCCGGGGGCUGCCGGCCGCGCUGGUGGAGGUCGAGGGGCCCGGGGCCCAGGGCGCCGUGCGGCUGGCGGUCAUCGAGUUCCACCUGGGCCUGAACCACAUCGACACGGAGGAGCUGUCGGCGGGGGAGGAGCAUCUGAUGAAAUGCCUGCGGCUGGUGCGCCGCUACCGGUUGUCGCCCGACUGCGUGUCCCUGUACAUCCAGGCGCAGAAUAAUCUGGGUAUCUUGUGGUCUGAAAGAGAAGAAAUUGAAACGGCACAAGCUUACCUAGACUCAUCAGAAGCACUGUAUCUUCAGUAUAUGAAAGAGAUUGGGAGUCCCCCUCUUGAUCCUACUGAGCAUUUUCUUCCUGAAGAAGAGAAACUUACUGAACAAGAGAGAUCAAAAAGAUUUGAGAAGGUUUAUACUCAUAACCUGUAUUACCUGGCUCAAGUCUACCAACAUAAGGAGGUGUUUGAGAAGGCCGCUCAUUAUUGCCACAGCACCCUAAAGCGCCAGCUUGAGCACAAUGCCUACCAUCCCAUUGAGUGGGCUAUCAAUGCUGCUACCUUGUCACAGUUUUACAUCAAUAAGCAAUGCUUUAUGGAGGCCAGGCAUUGUUUAUCAGCUGCUAAUGUCAUUUUUGGUCAAAUUGGAAAGAAUCCAACCACAGAAGACAGGGAUAUGUUCCAGGACGCCCAGUGGAUUCCUGGAAACUGUGCUACUGAAACUGAAGGAGAUGUGCCAGAGCUUUAUCAUCAAAGAAAAGGGGAAAUAGCAAGAUGCUGGAUCAAAUACUGUUUGACACUCAUGCAGAAUGCUCAACAUUCAAUGCAGGACAACAUAGGAGAACUCGACUUUGAUAAACAGUCUGAACUGAGAGCUUUAAGGAAAAAGGAACUCGAGGAGGAAGAAAGCAUUAGGAAGAAAGCUGUGCAGUUUGGAACCGGUGAGCUCUGUGACGCCAUCUCUGCAGUGGAAGAGAAAGUGGGCUACUUGAGGCCUUUAGAUUUUGAAGAGGCCAGAGAACUUUUCUUACUGGGUCAGCACUAUGUCUUUGAAGCAAAAGAGUUCUUUCAGAUUGACGGUUAUGUCACUGACCAUAUUGAAGUUGUCCAAGACCACAGUGCUCUGUUUAAGGUGCUUGCGUUCUUCGAAACGGACAUGGAGAGGCGGUGCAAGAUGCAUAAGCGUAGAAUAGCCAUGCUAGAGCCCCUCACUGUGGAUCUGAACCCACAGUAUUAUCUGCUGGUCAACAGACAGAUUCAGUUUGAAAUCGCACAUGCUUACUAUGACAUGAUGGAUUUGAAGGUUGCCAUUGCUGACAAGCUGAGGGAUCCUGAUUCACACAUCGUAAAAAAAAUAAAUAAUCUUAAUAAGUCAGCAAUGAAGUACUACCAGCUCUUCCUAGACUCCCUGAGAGACCCAAAUAAAGUGUUUCCUGAGCAUAUAGGGGAAGACGUGCUUCGCCCUGCCAUGUUGGCUAAGUUUCGAGUUGCUCGUCUCUAUGGCAAAAUCAUCACUUCAGAUCCCCAAAAAGAGCUAGAAAAUUUGGCAACAUCCUUGGAGCAUUACAGAUUUAUUGUCGAUUACUGUGAAAAGCACCCUGAAGCUGCCCAGGAAAUAGAAGUGGAGCUAGAACUUAGUAAAGAGAUGGUGAGUCUUCUUCCAACAAAAAUGGAGAGGUUCAGAACCAAGAUGGCCCUGACUUAAUAAAUUUCAUUUUUAAUGAAAGAAAAUGUGCAAUAUUGAAGAUUUUCCCCCCCUUAGUCAAACGGGCCCAAUUCCAUUGUUAUAUUUACUUUUAUAGCUAGAUGAGUACAGUUCGAACUUGAGAUAGACCAAUUGAGUCUUUACUAGGACCUUAACAUAAAUGUAAUUAAUAACAUAUCUAAUUAUGUAAAUUGACUUGUUGAAGUGACAUGUGAUUGGUAUUUUAGAGUGCAUGUUCUCUAUUUAAAUAUAAACUUUUUCCUGCCUCAUUUUCUAAACGUAGUUUCUUCAUUGUCUAGUAUUUGAUGGAUCCUUUGAGAGGGGAAAUGCUGGUUAAUAUACCUUGUAGACCAACUUAUUAUAAAAAUUGAAGUCACUUCCUGUCAUACUUUCAACAAUAAAGAAUUAUUAAAAGAAAAA